AAACCGGGGACAACACCGUCGUUCGUCUUCAGUGAUGUUGCGACUCUUUUGCUGGCUUUUUCUUCUUAACUGGUUUCCUUCGACUGUGGUAUGUCGCUGUUACGAAAAUCACCUUGUCGAAGAAGUUUUCGAUAGUUUAGAGAAAGUUUUAAAUUAUGUAGAUGUGAAUAAAGAGUUUAUGAACGUCGACGCUGUCUUCGGUUUAGUUUUAGGAGAAGCCCAUGUGGUGUAUUUAAAUCGUUUUAACCAAAUCCCCGAAGAAUACAAAGAAAAAACUUUUAAAAUUAUGAAGAAAUUUGAAAGAAUCGUUGAAGAAACCAAAACAUUUUUACUCAUAAAUAAAAGAAACUUAAUUUUUUUAAACACCGUUUUAGAAUUUGAGCCCUGGAUUAAAAAUGUAACCUAUAAAAAUUUAUUGGCAAAGUUUUAUUCUUCAACCCCAAUUGAUACUUAUCAAAAGUAUUUGAACUUGUUACUUGGGUCCUCUUUUAACGAAAAAAUCUCCGACGAUUGCAUUUUGGAGUUGUUGCAACAAGAAAAAAGUUUCCGCUCUAAACAUCUUUGUAUCCUAAGUGAGGAAUGUUACAAAAUUUUUAGGUUAGGUUCCCAAACUAAAUUCGAUCCUGGCUAUGGGAUUACACACAGCUUAUUAUUUUUACAAAUAGCAAGAUCGCGAAUGUGCGAAUUAAACGGAAUUAAUGUCAAAAGGAACAUUAAAAAGUUUUGUUCGUACAUUUUAUGGGAGAUGCAAGAAAAUGUUGGUUAUGGUUUUUUGGGAUCUCUCGAUGAUUUAUUAUUAGAACAGAUUACUUUGUGUGGUUAUGAGGGAUACAAAAAUUUUAUUACAAGCGAGAUUAUCGACUACGUUUUAUCGAUACAAAAACCAUCCGGAUGUUUUGGCGUCGAUUCUGGAAAUAAAAUCACAAAGAAAACUACAAGAUUAAAACGAGAAAGUAAUUUAUUACCCGAUAAUUGUAUCGAUCACACCACCGGACUUGGAGUGUCUACGCUAACCUCAAUUUUACGCUAUUUAUUAUAUAAACUACUAAAUAAUGAAUGUGAUUAUUACGAUUAAUUAAACAAAAGAUUUAUUCGCUAUUAA